AUGAAAAGCGUACUCUCCAGAUUCAGCAGCCUUGCGGCUACUCAUGCAACGCGACCGUCGUCAGUUCGCCCCCUAUCAACGACAGCCAAAUUAAGUGCAUCAACGCCGCCACCAUCAUCGCAAAAUGGAUCAAUCAAUUCAAGAUGGCUCUCUGAGUUGCAGAGUAAGCUGAAGAAGUCUCUGGCUCUCAAGAUCUCACCCUCAAAGGCUGAGGAAGUGAGGCAACGACUCGCCUAUCUGGAUGAGAAUUGGCUGCAGCUCUCAGCGGGACGAGAGGGAUAUUUGGCUGACGAGGAGAGGAGGGGGGUUGAUCGACAUGCUGUGCAAUGGGGAGACAUGGACAUGAUGGUGAGACACGUCAACAAUGUUAUAUAUAACCGAUAUGCCGAGUCCGGCCGCGUCAAUUGGACUCGAAACCUCGCGCAGUUUUCAGACCCCAAGUACGAGCAGGAAUGGUACGAUCUGAUGACUCCCAAAGGCGUUGGCCUCAUUCUCGCAAGCAUCAGAACCGACUACAAAUUCCCCAUGACAUUCCCAGAUCGCGUCACGGUGCUGCACAAACUGGUCACAAAGCCGGAUUACAGCUCCGACCGGUUCUACCUGGAAGCCGUCAUGUACUCGGAGCAGCACAAACGACCAGCGGCGAAGUGCUUUGAGGACAUUGUGGUGUAUGACUAUAGGGCUGCCAAGAAGGCGCCCUUGAAGCCUUAUAUGGUUGAUGUGAUGCGGGCAACGUUUGAUCUGCAGGAGCAGAGAAAGCAGGAGGCUGAAAAGAAGGUGUCUGAACUGCAUGCAUUUGUGAAGGAGGUGGAGGACAGUGCUGGUGCUGCAUAG